UUUCUCAUGUAGUCUCAAAAGUUUUCCCCUAUGUUUUGAUACAAAUGGUUCAUCCACAACCAUCUUUUAUAUUUGGUGCUAAGACUGAUUCUAAGGUCAAUAGGGCAUCCCACAUUGAAUUCACAAGAAUUAAUCCAGAGAUGACAAGUUGAAGUUUUCUUGUUCUAUUAUGGUUUCUGCUAAGACUAGUCUUGCUUUGUAUCUGUGCCUAACUAUUUGACCCUGUAAAUGCAAAACUCAUAUGAGGGAUUCAACCACACUACAUAUGUAGAAGGAAAGAUUAGAUCAAAUCAAACACAAAAUCAAAAUCAAAUCAAACAACAGUUGGUCAAGAAAUUGAGGUUGUUAACUUGCCUCUAACUGUGGAGCACUUCAUAUUCAAAGUUUCAUACACGGGAAAGAUGACCCUCUCUUGCUUGGUCUCAUUCCAAAAGUCUCCAUCUCUCUUCUACAACUGAAAUGAUUAAAUUAAUAAAAAAAAAAACAAAAUGAUAAUUAAAUACACAGGAAUUAUUAAAAAUGGAGAGGAAACAAAAAUACCCCACAGCUUUAUUCAUCAUCUUCUUCACAGAAACCCUAGUACUUUCAAGAUCACCACCAUGGACAGACUGGUGAAACCUGAUGUAAAAGAAGUAGAAAUAAUCUUCAAGAGAGGCCAAAAGUGCAACACCACCUUCAGAUUAACCAAUCUUAUGCACACCAUGUCUGUAGCUGUGUCUCUAACCACCACAAACCCAUCUCUCUUCUCUUUCCCUCAACCCUUCUCCAUACUUCCACCGCUGUCAUCUUCACCCAUCACUCUCCUCCUCUCUCAGCCCUCUGAUCACCCACCGCUGUCCUCCCCGAACGACACCCUUUUGGUCCGGACAGCCAUGCUCCCGACCGGCAAGGCCCAUCUGGAUGAUCUCCGCCGUCUGUUCUCCAAGCCUGGACCCCACGUCUUCAAGGACGCGGCCAUACCCAUCUUCCUUGUGGGCCCGCAUGUAGUUGAUUUCCUCCUCCUCCCUCAUCCCAAAACCCUAGAAAUCGCUUUUCUUCUUUCCAAGGCUAUUUCUGGGUGUAACGGGUCUCAGCUGACAUCGUUGCUGAGAUCUGCUGUGGUCGCUGGAAAUGCAGAUCUUGUUGAGGCACUGAUCGAUGCCGGUGGAGAUGUGAAUUCUAAAGAUUCAGAUGGACGGUCCAUGAUGGGCUUAGCAAUUCGGGGUGGGAACAUCGAUGUUAUUAGGCUUUUGAUAAUUUCGGAUUGCAGAAUUGAUAAUCCGGUUGAUUUGGUAUUGCACGAAGCGGCGGCAAUAAACAGGGUUGAUCUGAUGGAGGUUUUGUGUAAAGGGUACGCAGAAAUUGGCGUGAAUUCUGCUGAUUCCGAUGGCCGGAGUCCACUCCAUGUCGCAGCUGCUCAUGGGCAUGUGGAGGUUCUCCGGUUCUGCUUGUCUGCCGGAGGGACUUCCGAUGCUGUGGACUGUAAUGGGUGGACUCCGCUUCACUGUGCUGCGGCGGAGGGCCAUGGCGAGGCUGCUGAGUUCUUGCUGGAAAGCUCAUGGUAUAUGAAGUAUGUAGUAAACAAAGAAGGCAAGACAGCUUUUGAUCUAGCCAUAGAAAAAGGGCAUGUAAAUGGGCAUUUGCUUGAUUUGCUACGGUUGGGUGAUGUGUUGCAGAGAGCAGCAAGGGUGGAUGAUGUUCAUGGGAUGAAGAGUUGCCUUGCAGAAGGGGCUACUGUAAAUGGGCGUGAUCAGAAUGGAUGGACUCCAUUACAUAGAGCUGCUUUCAAGGGUAGGCUUGAGAGUGUGAAGCUCUUGCUCAGUCAUGGAGCCCAGGUUGAUCUUGUUGAUGAUGCUGGCUACACCCCACUACAUUGUGCAGUUGAAACAGGGCAUGUCCAGGUUGCUCUGUGUCUGAUAGCUCAUGGGGCUAGAGCAACUGUGAAGAGUCUCAAAGGUGUGGCUUCUUUCAACUUUGAUUGUUUCAAGAACCAUCCUUCACUUGUUCUUCCUGUGCAUAGAGAGAAGGAACAAGCUUGAAUGGAAAAAAGAGGAUUCUGUUUGUUGGAUUUCUGUGUUGUAUUCUGCAAUCUGUAUAUAUUUUUGUGAUUCUGCAAGGUUGGGACUUGGGAGAGGGAGAGAUUGGCUUGUGAUCCGCUCUCAGUCAUAUUGUAUAACUGAUUCUGAGAAGAUGGACUGAUCCUUCGAGUUAGACUCUCAUGUAACACGGGGAUUAAGAUUUAUCAAUCCAUAAAAUCCAUUGAGAUUUUGUUUUGA